AUGCAAUCGAGCAGUGCAUCUACUACUUCCUCCUCGUCGUCUUCUACACCGAUGUCCUCGAGCACUGAAUCAACUGUUCCUACUUCAACAACAACCACUUCUUCAACAAUGCAAUCGAGCAGUGCAUCAACUAUUUCCUCCUCGUCGUCUUCUGUACCGAUGUCCUCGAGUAGUGAAUCAACUGUUCCUACUUCAACAACAACCGGUUCUACGACAAUGCAAUCGAGCAGUGCAUCAACUGUUUCCUCCUCGUCGUCUUCUACACCGAUGUCCUCGAGCACUUGCAUCUACUAUUUCCUCCUCGUCGUCUUCUACACCGAUGUCCUCGAUGCAUCUACUAUUUCCUCCUCGUCGUCUUCUACACCGAUGUCCUCGAGCACUGAAUCAACUGUUCCUACCUCAACAUCAACCGCUUCUUCAACAAUGCAAUCGAGCAGUGCAUCUACUAUUUCCUCCUCGUCGUCUUCUAUACCGAUGUCUUCGAGCACUGAAUCAACUGUUCCUGCUACAACAACAACUGGUUCUACGACAAUGCAAUCGAGCAGUGCAUCUACUAUUUCCUCCUCGUC